GGUCCCUUCAGCACCGAGGCUGUGAUCAGGAAGGAGUUAACUGAGGCCAGGCUCUGGAUCAGAAAGGGUUAAUCUGGGGAGGUGGAGGCUCUCUCGGCUUUUCCUGUGGAGAGUGAGGUUUGGCUGCCACCAAAGUUACUUCUAGUCCCUGCUGUCCCUCCUGCCCUCAGUCUGGAACUGCUCAGGGACCCUGGCAAUUCAGCCUCCCCACGCAGAGGAAGCCCCAGCUAACUGCUCUUGGCUCCUCUGACUGUGUACGUCCAGCGGCUUAUGGGGCACUGUGCUGCCCAGUUCUGCCACGAUGCUCCUGGCCUCUCCCUCCACCCCAUCCAGGGGACGGACCCCCAGCGCAGUGGAGAGGCUGGAAGCCGAUAAAGCCAAGUACGUCAAGACACACCAGGUGAUAGUGCGGCGACAGGAGCCAGCCUUGCGUGGAGCCGCAGGACCGCUCACCCCGCACCCCUGCAAUGAGCUAGGGUCCGCUGCAUCGCCCAGGACGCCUGGACCGGCCCGUCGGGGCAGUGGCAGGCGGCAGCCAAGGCCGGACUCCCUCAUCUUCUACCGCCAGAAGCGGGACUGCAAGGCUUCGGUGAACAAAGAGAACGCCAAGGGCCAAGGGCUGGUGCGGCGCCUCUUUCUGGGCAUCCCCCGGGACGCUGCCCCGAGCAGCCCGGGUCCCACCGAGCGACCCGCAGCCCCAGGGGGCUGGCCCGCGCCCCAGGAUGCUCCGGAGGCGGCAGGAAAGCGGGCGCUGUGCCCCACGUGCUCGCUGCCCCUGUCCGAGAAGGAGCGUUUCUUUAACUACUGCGGCCUGGAGCGCGCGCUGGUGGAGGUGCUGGGAGCCGAUCGCUUCUCCCCGCAGAGCUGGGGCGCCGACGCCAGCCCCCAGGCCGGAACCUCGCCGCCGCCGCCCGGCUCCGGGGACACCAGCGACUGGACAUCCAGCGACGGGGGCGCGGCCGGCCGGGACGCUGCAGGCGGUGGCGGCGGCUCGGAGGCGGCGGGCUCAGCGCGGGACGGGCGGCCUGCGGUGUCGGUGGUGGAGCGCAACGCGCGCGUCAUCCAGUGGCUGUACGGCUGCCAGCGCGCCCGCGGCCCGCCGCGAGAGUCCGAGGUGUGACGGCAGCCGCCCCCGAGGCGGCGUCUCGGGAGCUGGGAGCGCUGGCUGCACCUGGACACCCGCGGAGACGCACUGCCUCGGACGCGCGCGGCGCCUAUGGGCGAGCCCUUCCUCUGGAUCUCGGUUUACCCCUCUGAACCUUGGGGAGGCGGGACCAAACGCGCCCGAAGUCCCUUCCCAGGGCAGGCUGCGGAAGGGGAGGCAGCGACCUCGUGGCUGGGGUGGGGGGUGAUGAUGACUGGAGUGAGAUGGGAGCCAACCUACUGAAUAAAUCGAAACCGUUAUUUAA